AUGAUGAAUUGUAAUGAUGCUUCUGAUUCGGUAGAAUUUUAUUCUGCUCCUACAUUAAAAAAGAUGUCAUCUGCAGAGGAUACAAAAUUAUUUACAGAAUUUAAAGAUAAAGUACAUAUACAAUAUAGAGAAGAUGGAAGAAAGAUGAUUGAUGGUGAUUGUGAAGAAAAAAAAGAAGCUGAUAAACUUUGGAGUGAAUUAAUUAUGAGAAAAACAAUUGAUAGAAAUUUUUCAUUGUCAAGAGAUGAAGUAGAAGAGGAAAAUAAAGAUGAUAAAGAUAAUAAAGAAAAAAAUAAAAAAAAGAAAAAAUGUUGUAAAGAUGGUAAAACUAAAUGUCCAUGUGAAAAAAAAGUGAAUAAAAAAUGA